AACAAAUAUUGAAGAUUUAGGAAGGAAAAAAAAAAAAAAACCUGGGUUUGAUUUCUGUUCUUUAACCCGACGACAGACUGAGCCUGUAAAUUAAUUUGUAAACAGCUUCCAACUUUCCUAUUUAAAGCACCAAAAUCUCAACUGGGUUGCCACCAUUCUACCUCUAAACCCACCAUAAUCUCAGCUUUAAGAUCAAUAAUUAGGCUCAUAAUCCUUCCAUGGCGGACGUUUUUAUAAAAACAGAGGAGCCACCUUCCCAACUUAUCCCUCUUCUCGAUUCUAAUAACAAUAACAACCACCACCACAACGACCCCCACAGCAACCGUCAUCUGGGAGGAGAAGAAGAAUACAAAGAUACCCCAUUGGACCAAACCCUCCAAUGGCUAGAAACAUUUCUCACUCUCUUGGGCUUCAACCAAUCUUCUUGGUUGAGCCUUGCCCUGUCCUGGACGGCUCUGGCUCUCAUCGGUGUGGCUCUUCCGGUGUUUGUGCUUGUGGUGUUCAACUGCUCCGACUGUAAGAAGUAUCAGAUUAAAAGGUUCGAGCUCGUUAUCGUGGGCUCGCAGGCGAUCCUGGCGGCGGUCUCUGUGCUCUGCAUCUCACCCAGACUUCGCAAGUAUGGCAUUCGGAGGUUCCUCUUUGUCGAUCGCUAUAGCGGCCAUAUCGUUCGGUUUCGAAACGAUUACAUCAAGCAGAUUAAGGAUUCUUUCCGAUUGCUUGUUCGAUGGGCACUGCCAUGUUUUCUUUUGAAGACACUGCGUGAGGUCGUCCGCAUGAUAUACGUGCAUCACGAUUCAUGGGGGUGGGGGAAAUCAGUUGGUGUAUUGUUCACUUUGGUUCUAUCAUGGGCUUAUGUGAGUACAAUCACUCUAACAGCCAGCAUUUUGUUUCACUUGGUCUGCAAUUUGCAAGUUAUCCACUUUGACGAUUAUGCAAGGCUCUUGGAAAGGGAAUCUGAUGUGCUGGUAUUUAUGGACGAGCAUAUUCGUCUGCGCUACCAUCUCAGUAAAAUAAGCCACAGGUUCCGAAUCUUCCUUCUCCUGCAGUUCAUAGUCGUCACCGCAAGCCAGUUUGUCACUCUAUUUGAGACCACAGAAUACAGGGGAGACAUCACUGUCAUAAAUGGCGGCGAUUUUGCAGUCUCCACAAUUGUUCAAGUUGUCGGCAUUAUUCUCUCCCUGCACGCAGCGACCAGAAUUUCCCAUAGAGCGCAAGGCAUAGUGACAGUUGCCAGUAGAUGGCAUGCGUUAAUGACAUGCAGUUCUAACGAUACAUCUCACAACAGAAGUUCAAACUGCUUGGUGAACCCAGAGGCUGCCGACACAUUGAACUCGCUGCAAAUAAGCUACUCCGAGAGUGACUUGGAGUCGAUGGAUUACGUUCCAAUGCCUACGAAUACACAGCUAGCUUCGUACAUGUCUUCCUAUCACAGGAGACAAGCUUUCGUGUCAUACUUGCAAACCAAUCAUGGGGGGAUCACAAUUUUUGGAUGGACAGUCGACAGAGCCCUCCUCAACACAAUUUUCUUCAUUGAACUGUCUCUGAUCACCUUUGUUCUUGGAAAGACAUUAGUUUUCACGUCGACCUGAUGCACGCCGCUCGAUCCACGACCACAUUGGCGUCGUGAAAUCGACAUGCACAAAUGAAGUUAAAGAUGCCCACAGUUGUCGAUCUUUUUCGGUUUGCACCUUCAUCUCUUUGGUUGGAAUUACAGAUUCGCGCCUAAAUCGUAGAUUUGUUCUGCUUGGCAGCGUCGUCUCUUCGAUUAUUUCCCCAUGAAAUCUGUCGUUGAUUGCUUGAUUACAUUCGAAAUGCCGAAAUCAUGCUGCUUCUUUGUAUACUUGAUUGUUGAUUACUUGAUUACUUGAUUGCAUUCGAAAAUACCGAAAUCAUGCUGCUUCUUUGUAUACCGGAAACAGAGGAGAAGAUUAUUUAUUUAAUUUUAUAUUUGGUCGAGAGUUCGUGUUUUUCGUAAUCAUAUCUCCAUGUAAUAAAUAAAGAGUGUUGUUAUUCUCACUCCAGUGCCUUUAUCUCCUUACUCAUUUUUUAAUAAAAUUUUUAAUUACAAGUUUCCUCAUUUAUAAAACGGCUGAUAAAAAUCUUACAAGAUAUAUAAUAAUAAUAGGAUAGGUGCGAAAAGAAAACAUGAGCCUAAACUUACAUUGGAUUCUGAAAGGAAUGGACAAAACAUAAACCGUAUUCUAAAAAAAGAUGCGAAGGAUGAGGAUAAAAGGAAUUCUAAAAUGAAUAAAUGUGGAUGCCUUUUUUAAUUAAAGGGUAAGAAGCCAGCAACUAAUGGUGAUUGGAUAUUGAUGGUAUUUAUUGGAGUUUAUAAUCACAUAGCAGCAGAGUAUUUUGGAAGGUCAUUUAGUUACUGGUUAAUUGGAGCUAUUUUAAGGAUAAUAGUGGGUAAAAAAAUAGCAUUUCAAUUCUGAACUUUUUACGGUCGGUGAAAUUAUAGACACUGAAGUAGGUUCAGCGGUUCUCUAAAGUUAUGAAGUUGUAAAAGCUGUCCCACAGAGUCUCGGUUUGUCGUGCAACAAGCUAACAUGCGAACGCGUAACUGGAUCGCCAUGUAUCGAAAAACCACUUGUAACUUGGACAGGUAAGUCGAGUUAUUAUUUACAAACAGAAACCAAAAAGGAACGCAACGGAGAGGAUUGCACUAUCCGCCAGAAAAA